AUGAAUAUACAUCUAUUAUUCAAUAAUAUAUUUGAAGAAAUAUAUAGUGAAAUAGAAGAUUUAAAUUAUGAUAAAGAUUUACAAUUAGAUAAUGAGUUAGAUAGUUAUUUUACUUUACAGCAAAUUAAAGAAUUUCAAAAAUUUUUUUUCAAAAUCUAA